AUAGGUCUGUUCAAAAGCACGUUGAAAUGGCAGAAGACGGAGAGAUCGACAGGCUGAAGAAACAGUUAAAACUCGUGCCACACCCAAGUGGAUUUGGAGCAUUCAGGGAAAUGUGGAAAGGAGAUAGACAAGUGACAUUCAAAACCCGAACGAGUCAUAGCGGUACAAGAGCCUCAGGAACUAGCAUAUAUUUCCUAUUAGCAGCACCUAAUUGUGUAAGAUGGCACAAACAUCUGUCAGAUGAAGGGUUUUACUGGCACGCAGGCGGCAGGGUACAGAUUCACAUGAUAAAAGAAGACGGUACACACACGUGUCACGUGUUAGGAGAUGUACUAAAGCACGAAGACUGCGUGGCACAAGUAGUCGUGCCACAUGACACGUGGUAUGCUGCCGAACUUCUUCCAGAUGCAAAAUACAGUCUUUAUAGUGCAGUAGUCAUGCCAGGGUUUGAAUUUGAGGACUGGUUCGAAGGAAAGAGAAAAGACAUGAUAGAGCAAUAUCCACAACACGAAAAGCUGAUCACCAAGCUAACGGAUAACGAAUAGAAAUAGACAAUUCUAACUCAAUAAUGUCUCUAUAUUUGAUAAUCUUGUCGGAACAGUUGGAUACACGAACUAAAAACAACAGACAAGUACUCUCACAUUUCGCUAUACCAGUAACUUUGUGUUUAAAAGCAAUAUUUUGUUGAAUUGUAAGUAUGUGAAACAACGCAUGUCGAAAAUAUAUACAGUACUUCAUUGAAGUAUAGGAAAAAAUCCUGAAGUGCAAAACAACAGAAAAUCAAGUGACAGUAUAA